AUGACUAAACGAAUAGACGAAGCUAUAAUUCAAAUGAUUUGUACAGAUAUUUUCCCAUUGUCAAUUACAGACGGUCCUGGCUUUAGAAACUUUCUUAAAGUUGUUGCUCCUAAAUAUGUUCCAAAGUAUAAUUUUUUUAAUUUUUUUGGGGAUUUUUUGAGUAUUUUCGGGGAUGGAAGAGAUGAGGCUUGAAGAUUUUUUUGGGGUUUAAGAAAAAUUUUUUGUUGAUUUUCGAAGCCGAUUUCCCUCCAAUUUUCACUCUCAAUCAUCGACUACCAUCCCUUUAAUUAAUUUUAACUUUUUUCAAAAAAAUCCAAUUUUGCUAAUUUUGGUACCAUUCGAUUAAGCUCGUCGAGACGCGUCGAAUGAUAUAU